CCGGCCGGAGAAGCCAUGGAGGCCGAGCCACGUGGCCGCCUAGAGACUUGGGCUUUGCGGAAGCAGCUGAUCGGAUCCUCCUGCAGGCUUUUUUUCCCAGAAGACCCAGUGAAGAUCACCAGAGCAAAGGGCCAAUAUAUGUAUGAUGAAAAUGGAAAUGAGUACCUUGACUGUAUAAAUAAUGUUGCUCAUGUUGGUCACUGCCAUCCUGAGGUAGUCCGUGCAGCACAUCAACAAAACCAAGUGUUAAAUACAAACUCUCGCUAUCUGCAUGACAACUUGGUAGAUUAUGCACAAAGACUUUCUAAUACAUUGCCUGAAAAGCUGUGUACCUUCUAUUUUUUGAAUUCAGGAUCAGAAGCCAACGAUCUUGCCCUGAGAUUGGCCCGGCAGUAUACAAAGCAUGAGGAUGUUAUUGUAAUGGAUCAUGCUUAUCAUGGACACCUGACAUCCUUGAUUGACAUAAGUCCAUAUAAAUUCAGAAAUCUAGAUGGCCAAAAGGAAUGGGUCCAUGUGGUUCCUCUUCCCGAUACAUACCGAGGAUUGUUUAGAGAAGACCACAAGGAUCCAGCCUCAGCAUAUGCCAAUGAAGUGAAACAAAUAAUUGAUCAAGGACACCAAAAAAGCAGGAAGUUUGCUGCAUUUUUCGCUGAAUCUUUACCAAGUGUUGCCGGACAAAUCAUUCCACCACCAGGUUAUUUUCAGAAGGCAGCAGAGCGCAUACACAAGGCAGGAGGUGUGUUCAUUGCUGAUGAAAUUCAAGUUGGCUUUGGGAGAGUUGGCAAACAUUUUUGGGCAUUUCAACUUCAGGGAGAAGAUUUUAUCCCUGAUAUUGUCACAAUGGGAAAACCAAUUGGCAAUGGACAUCCCAUCUCCUGUGUAGCAACGACUAAGGACAUUGCAGAGGCAUUUUCAGCAACAGGAGUGGAAUAUUUUAACACAUUUGGAGGAAAUCCUGUGUCCUGUGCAAUAGGUAUAGCAGUUUUGGAUGUCAUUGAAAAGGAGCAGCUUCAAGCCCAUGCUCUUCAAGUGGGAAGCUUCCUCAUGAAACUACUACAUCAACAAAAAGAAAAACAUUGCCUAAUUGGUGAUGUCAGGGGUGCUGGAUUGUUCAUUGGAGUAGAUUUGGUACAAGACCAAACAAAAAGAUCACCUGCUACCAAAGAAGCUGAAUUUAUAACAAGGAGGUUGAAGGAAGAGUUCAUUAUAUUAAGCACUGAUGGCCCAGGAAGGAAUGUGCUUAAAUUCAAGCCCCCGCUGUGUUUCAGUAAAAAAGAUGCACAGCUCGUUGUGGAAAAGCUUGAUAAGCUAUUAACAGAAUUAGAGAUGGGAAAUACUUAGAGCCAUUCGGUUCCUUCA